AAGAAGAGUAGUUUGAUGUCAGAAUGAGCUGGCAACACAGCAGCCCAACGAUGGGAAGCACAGAUAGAUAAACAGACCGCUGAAGAGAUAUUGGCAGGUAGAUUGAUCACCUAUCAAGUGUCGAUUGGAUGUCAGCUGUGUAAAGUAGAAGAAAGGAGAAAAGGAGGAGAAACAUGAGUCGGCAGCAGCAGCAAACACAGGGAGUGGUUUUAACGGGUUACCACAGCAACGUCGAAAUGUUGCCGAAAACUGGACAGUGUGACCCCGAUCCCCCAGCCCAGGAGCACGAGCUCAGCCGCAAAACAGGCCACUACACUGUUCAACCGAACCAGAAUACUCAUCAUGGAGACAAACACGGGCCCACUAGUACCACCAGCAGUACAAAACCCACCAGCACCGACCCAUCAUCACUCCCCAAUCCAAGUAUAGCACUGGGCCCCAGGUCUCAGCCUUCCUCCAGCCCGAAGCCUCAUAACUCCAGUCCCCGGCACAGCCCCAAUUGCAGGAAAGGAUCCCAGCCCUCAUGUCAGCGCUGCAACUCUCAGGACUCUCUGGACGAGCUGGAGAUGGACGACUAUUGGAAGGAGGUAGAGCACAUCACUUGCUCGGGAGGAGGAGCAGGGAGGGGAGAAGGUGGAGGAGAAGGGGAAGUGCAAGAAGAGGAGCAGCAGAAAAUUCCUGAGGAGGGGGAGCAGGAGGAGGCAUGGCUUACAGAGGCAGGGCUAACACAGUUGUUCGAUGAUUCAUUGGCAGGUGACCAGGAUCAGGAAGAGGACAAUGCUGUGUUUCUAUCGACGCUGACCAGAACUCAGGCAGCAGCCGUACAACGGCGUGUGACUACCGUACAGCAGACAUUGCAACGGCGACGCAACCGACAACACGUUCCCGAUGUUAGGGAUAUAUUCAGACCGACUGAAAAGGAUGAGGGGCCGGGUAAAACCAAAGGGGGAAGUGAGAAUGGACAAAAAGACGUCACUUCAGCUGAAACAGAGACAGUAAUGAACGUUGAAGUGGCGUUUUCAGAGCAGGCGCUCAGUUACAGGGACAACCAUCAAAAGUUAAGAGUCACCUCUAACAUGAACUCGCCUGAUGACAAAUUGCCGAACUUUAAGUUGCUCCGGGAUAAAACAGGUCAGACCAAAAUAGGAGACCUCUCUCCUCUGGAUAUGAAAAAGGUGCGUAGACUUGUGCUUGUGGAGAUGACUGCUCUGUUUGACACAGCUAGGAUAGACCUUAAGGCACACAAAGCUGUCAAAGUUAAGGCUAAAGAAAGCGGUCUAUUUGGUGUUCCUCUUACCACGUUAUUGGAACAGGACCAGAGGAGAGCUCCUGGGACCAAAGUGCCAAUUAUACUGCAGAAGCUUAUCAGUCAUAUUGAGGAGGACGGAUUAGACACAGAGGGGCUGCUUCGAAUCCCUGGAGUGGCCACUAGAGUCAAGUCACUGUGUCAUGAGCUAGAGUCCUCUUUCUAUGACGGGGUGUUUCCAUGGCAACAAGUGAAACAGCACGAUGCUGCUAGCCUUCUGAAGUGUUUCAUCAGGGAGUUACCGCAUCCAUUACUGACUGUGGAGUACCUCAAUGCAUUUACUGCUGUCAUCAUGCUCCCCACAAAGAAGCAACAGCUGCAGGCUUUGAACCUGCUCAUCCUUUUGUUACCUGAGGCCAAUCGGGAUACUUUGAAGGCAUUAAUGGAAUUUUUCCAGCGUGUGAUUGACCAUCAGGCCCAGAAUAAAAUGACCCUCAACAAUGUCUCUGUUGUCAUAGCGCCCAACAUCUUUAUGUUAAAGGGCUUCCGCUCCAAGGUUACAGAACAACAGCAGUUCGCCAUGGCAACGAGCACAGCCAGCAUUGUGCGGCUGCUGAUUAGAUACCAGAAUCUUCUAUGGACAAUCCCAAAGUUCAUCCUGACCCAGGUCAGACAACAAAACAUGGAGCGGAAACCGAACAAAGAGAGAGCUGUAAGAAAGCUGCUGAAGAAGAUAACCACUGACAAACCAUCUGACAAAGCUGUUCCAGAGGAGAGUUCACAGGGAUUUAUCCGCGUUCAGGCACCGCAGUUCAAUAAAGUGUCUAUGGCAGUUGAGCUUACUGCAGAGUUACAGGCUUCUGACGUAUUAACACGCUUCCUCAGUCAAGAAAGUUCAGUGGCAGUGAAACAAGAAGAGUUGUUUCUCUAUGAGAUUGGUGGAAACAUCAAGGAGAGAUGUCUAGAUGGGGAAACGUAUAUGAAAGACCUCAUCCAGCUGAACCCUACAGCAGAAUGGGUCAUCAAAGUUGUACAGCGAUGAACUCAAUCCCACUAUCAUUCCCGUGCUGGAUGCUGGACUGAGCCACAUUUUCACCUCAGUGUCCUACUGAGAAGAGAAUUCAGCUAGUCGUCUCUGGUUUUUGCCAGUUUUGGAUGGAUUUAGACUCUUCUUCUUAGACUUCGUUUGUAGCAUACAGAUCUUUUAACAAAGGUGGUGACACAUGGUUUCACACACUCGCUGGCAGUUUAGUCCACCAAAAAAAGUCCAAAUAUCCCAAAGGCAAAAUCGAUUAAAUCCAUUGAACUGUGUGUGAUAAUACUGAUUUAAUUUUUUUUAAUUAAAAUGAAAUUGCAGGGAAUGUGCAAAUAUGGCCUUAACUUUACAAUUACACAGACGUUUUUCAAGCUUUCUUCUGCUACUUGAAUUUUUUUAAUUGAUGUACCACUAUCCUUAAGUACCUGUUGUGCAGGUGAAAUGAAACCACUUUUUUCAGAAAUCCUUGUCAUCUCUGCUCUCCUGUAAGACCACUGUUUAAACUGGUGGAACUACAUAAAGCAUUUCUCCCAGUUUGUCACAGCACUUGAGCCGCAAUAUUGUGAUUCCUAAUAUUUUGUGAUACUGUAAGUAUUACACUUGUAUACUGUGAUUUUCUGCCACUAAUGACUUUCUUUGUCUGCCGUAAUAAGCUCAAAUAAUACUAUGUGGGGCAAUUAAAUAUAAAUUUCAUAGUAAUCAUGAGUUAUGUACAUAAAAUAAACAAUGUCCACCAGAGAAGAAGGAAAUAUUGAACAUAAGGUGGAAUGGGAGGAUCUUUAUGGGGUCCAUAGUUGCAUGGUGCCCUGCAGAGGUUUGAAGCAGUCGGAGUUAUGUGAGGGAGUGUCCCCCAAUGUAGCAAACAUUGUAGAAUCAGCCACCAAAAACUGGUAAAAAUGUCUUUACUUCUGGGUUUUUACUCCAAUGUCAUCACUGACAACUAACAGAGGCACGCAAUGACAACAUCACUGUUUUUAUGGUUUGUGCAUAUCUGUACAUUAUAACUUUUUAAACCGUGGAUGUUUGAGUGUGUUAAUGUGUGAUACCAUCUUAAAAAAAACUUCUGCACACCAGUGGACACGUGAUCAAAAACAUUUCCACAUUUUUAUAUAUAGCCUGUGUACAAGCUCACAUACAAGACAUCAAGUUAGUUGCCUUAAAAGUUUUUUACCAAAGACUUAAUUGUUUUUAAAAAUAUGGUGGCCUCGUAAGUGUUAAUUUUAAAUUGUUGAUUACAUAGAGUAAAUGGCCUUGUUAAAUUGAUACGUAGUUUGUUCCAACUGUAUCUGGACCCUAAUACUUAUAUAUUUUGAUUUCUGGCUCUGUAGUCUUCAUUGUCUUGAGAUCAGUGGAUAUACAGUUUAACUAUGGCAGAAGUUGCAUUUAGCCCAGAGUAGAAAAAUCCCUAUUUUAUCUUUUUUUGGCACACCUUUACCUCUCUUGGCUUUCAGUAAAAUCUGAUUGUGUGCUUUGUCACAGCUUGUGGAGAAUCAUAUCUGCACCACAAAGUCACACAUCCUAGAAUGAGAUGUUUCUUUUCGUGAAAAGUUGCAGAGCGUUAAGAAACAAAUAUGUGUCGCUGUUUGAAUAAUUUUUGAACUACAUCUGUCACUUCCUGCCUCGUGGUAUCUUGUUUACUGUGAAUGUUUUUUUUUCCAAAUGAUGAUGUCUUUGUCUUUGUCUACCUGUGAAAUGACCACUAAAACUGCCUGUAAAUAAACAUAGUUAUUAAUUACA